AUGGGGAUUUUCGAUAAUUUAAAGGCGUUUGUUCAUUCUAUCACUACCGAAGAUCAUUAUGCUUCUUAUGAUUCUCCUUAUAGGAAUGUUAUUACAGAAAAUAGUUUAGGUAAUUCAUCCCGUAGUAAUUUAAAUGAAUUAAAUAAUGAAAGUAACCUAUCUUUAAAUGAAGGUACCAGUAAUUUCAUUAACUAUAGACCAGGGUUAAGAUCUUCUAAUACUAAUUUAAAUGGUUCAGAUGUCCAAUUACAAAAUUUUAGAGAUGGUCAACCUCCUUUACCAUCAAUUGAUUCAUUAUGGGAUAGAUUUGAAACUUGGUUAGAUGAAGAAUAUCCUGAACUAGGUGAUAAUAUUAAUGAUGGGGUUACAACGGCGGAUUUGAAUGAAUUUGAAAGUGAUUUAAAAUGUGGUAGUUUACCAGUAGAAUUCAGACAAUUUUAUAAGAGACACGAUGGUCAAUUUAGAAACUGUCAACCAACAGGUUUAAUAAUGGGUUUAAGAUUAUUAGAUUUAGAAGCUAUCAUCGAACAACAUGCCAUUUGGUUAAAAGUUGGUGGUAGAAUUGAAAAGCAAAAGUAUUUCAUUCAACAAAAGGAAAGUGAACUUCAACCAAGAGAAGGUUCAUCAUCAGAAGAAGGUUUAAACAAUAGUUUUAUAAGUAAUCAAAGAUCCAUACCACCAAAUUCAAUUCAACCUGUUUAUACUCAUCAAGGUUGGGUACCUAUCAUUAAAGAUGAAUUUGGUAAUCAAAUCGCUUUAGAUUUAGCUCCUGGACCUCAAGGUAAUUGGGGUCAAAUCAUCAUUUUCGGUAGGGAUUUCGAUACUAAAUUAGUUAUCGCUUCUAAUUUACAAGAAUUCUUUUUCAAUUAUAUCAAUGAUUUAGAAAAUGGUAAUUAUAAAAUCGAUCAAGCAGAAAUCGAUUCUUCCUAUGGAUAUUUAGAAAGUUCGAGAACUGACGAUGAUUAUUAUAUUGGAGGUGAUGAUGAUGGUGAAGGGGAUUUGGUCUUCUGGGAUAAAGAAAAUGAAUUCGGGAAAGUUGGUAAACCUUUAAGUUAUAUCGAAGUAUUGAAAAGAAGAACUUUAAAGAAAUAUGGUAUUAAUAAUGCUGAUAAAUUCUUAACUUCAUUUGUACCUCAACCAAAAAAAUCCGCAUUAAGUAGUAAGGUUGUUAGUCCACAAAGAUCAGCAGCUAACUCAACUAGUGAUUUAGGUAAUUUAAUAAAGGUUAAUUCUACUGUGAAUUUACCUAAGGAAACCAUCAUAGAUGAAGCCAAGACUGAACCUGAAGUCAAGACUGAACCUGAAAUCAAGACCAAAGUUGUAGAAACUCCUGAAGAGAGUAAAGAUUCAGAACUUGCAUCAUCCAAGACAAAACCUGAAACAAUCAACACGGAAUCAAAAUCUGAAUCCCUCGAACCAGAAAUACUCGAAGACGACUCUGAACCAGUCGAAUCUGAAACCAAACCUGAACCUAAAUCCGAAACCAAACCUUCUGCAUCUGAAAUCUCAGAACAAUUACAAUCAGUUGAAUUAUAA